UUUAGCCCGGGCGGUGCAAAUGUGUGCGUUUAUAAAUAGGUAAGUGAUGGUCGACACGUCGCGUCUUCACGUAGUCCCAACCUUGGAAAUGGACAAGUUCACACUCAUGUAAUUUAAAAAAAAUAAAAAAAAGUAAAAAAUAGAUCCGAAUUAUUUGUGGCAGUGAACGGCGUAGACUAUCCAAAGUGCAUGUCGGAGUUUAUGGAAACGCAAUGGCAAAACCGUUUGCUUUUUUGGUAAUAUUUAUAAACUUAGCAACAUUAAAAGGGGAAAAUGCAUUAAUAAUCAGCAAUGACAAUAUAGAAAACCUCCGUAAAACUGACGAAGGUCGAAACUAUGCGUUUUCUUACGGAGUCGCAGACGAGCAGACUGGAGACAUCAAAAAUGUAUGGGAUUCUAAAGAUGGAGAUAUCGUUAAAGAUUUAAUUACAGGCCAGUACAGCGUGCUAGAUGCCGAUGGAUCUGUAAGGACUGUAGAGUACACGGCCAGUCCAGACGCUAGCGUUAACGCGGCUGCCAACAACGACGGAAUCAAAUCACAAAAGGAAAAACAUGUCAUGGAAGAUAAAUCUUACAGAGACUUUAACGGACCUUACGAUCUCUCCGAAGAUCCAAACUAUGAAUUCCAUUACACAAAACAUAGAAAGAACAAGGUACGCCCUUACGAUCUUUUUAAAGAUUUUCCAAUGAAAAGACCUAGCCAUACUCAUUCUCAAGCAGAUUCUGGCGAGUUCCGCUACAAUCCGACACUAAAACACUAUUACAACGGUGAACCAUAUAGAACCACAGGCUACGGCCAUGAUCCUGAUUGCGAUACUAAAUAUGCAACAGAAGGGAGUAAUUAUUUUAAAACUAUAAGUGAUUUAGAUUUUCGUAGACAAAAAUAUCCCUUACUUUAUUCGGAUCCAUAUACGCAGGAAAAAUAUAAAGACAUCCCUUAUGAUGAUUCAGAGAAGUACCUGAGUUAUAAGUACAGAGGUGAAAAUAAAUCACCGCGACCUGAAGAAAUGAGUCUAGCGACAUCGGUUAAAUACAACUAUCCUAUGUUACCUGAUAUUCCAGUUUCUCAACAUUUCUAUCGAGAUGAUGUUGAGCAGAGACCUAAAAAGAAGCAUAGACCUCCCAAACCAACUGAUGUGUUUUAUUCUAGUGAAAACUUUAACGAUUAUGUUAUGGUACCGAAAAAGAAGUAUAAAAAACCACCAAGGUUACCUGAUAUUAAUGAUUAUUCAAACGAUAACGAUGAAGAUUACGAUCCUCUGGAUGAAGAAGAUGACAGAAAACGUAAACCCUUUCGAGGUUCCGGACAGAAGGAAGUCGUGAGAAAAAUUAUUAAAAAACCAAAACCGACGCUUAUCACUUUACUAGACAUAUUAGAUAUUUAAUAUUUAAAUACAAAUUAAAAUAUAAUUGUACAUAUUGGCGUUAUUUUGUAGAUUGAGUUUCUACAAUUAAUAUUUUGUUGCAACACUUUAUUAUGACAUUUUACAAUGCAUGCUGCUUCGAAUACUGUCAAAAAAAUUAUCAUGAAUUAAAUUAAAA